AUUAUCACCUAAAACUAAUCAUCAAAAAAGGGUUUUCUUUUCUUUUCUUUUUUUUUUUGAACCGUUUUUUUUGUUUUUUUGUUUUUUUCCUUCAUCUAGUAAUGUAUAAUAGAUUAUGAAAGAGUGAGGGAGAGAGAUGAUGACGGCGGCGGCGGCAGCGGCAGCAGCAGCAGCAGGUAGUGGGAAAUGCUUGCUUGUGACAGGCCCUCCUGGAAUUGGUAAAACAACUCUGAUAAUUAAAGCCUUUGAAAGCCUAAAGGCCUCCAAUCCCAGCUUGAAGCUUCAGGGUUUUUACACUCGGGAGAUCAGACAAGGAAGUGAAAGAGUUGGGUUCGAAGUUGUCACCUUGGACGGCCAUAAAGCUCCACUCGCCACCACCUCUUCUCCUAGCCCAGAGUGUUUGAGAUGGCCAACUGUGGGGAGGUACAAAGUAGAUGUGGCAUCCUUUGAGUCGUUGGCACUCCCUCAAUUGCAGGUUAGAGAAGACACUGAUCUCUUUGUCAUCGAUGAAGUCGGUAAGAUGGAGUUGUACAGUUCAUCGUUUUUCCCUGCUGUUUUAAAGGUUCUGGAAUCAAAUAUCCCAAUUUUGGCCACCGUACCGAUUCCAAAGUCUGGCCGUGAUAUACCUGGAGUUGCUAGAUUAAAGAAUCAUCCUGGAGCAUCUAUUUAUGCGCUGACAGCGAGCAAUAGGGAUGCCAUCAAAGACCAGAUAUAUUCACAAUUGGUAGACUUACUGAGAAAAAAAUAGGUACUUAGGUGGUGCAGAGUGACUGUAUGUGCUUGUUCCGAAUAGUCCUUUUCAGUCCUCGACAGUAGUCUUGAUGCUUAAGAUAAAAAACUUUGUUAAGAUUAUGCAUGAAAAGAAGUUUUGCUCUUCUCGUA